UAUGUGCUCCUCGUUAAAUAUCCAUUCCUUGUUGAAUAUUUUGUCAUACCAAGUUCGAUUUUAUUCGUCGUUGUGUAUCGUUUCAGUUUUUAAAUUGUCCAUGUACUGAACAACCUUUGGAGAAUUUAUUGAUCUACGUAUAUAAGGUUCAGUUACAGAACAGAAAAUAUCUCAGAAGUUUGAAGUACUUGUGAAGAUGAUCGUGGAAAAUAAGGCUCAUUCAACUAUAGAAUCCAGCCUGCCGGAAGCAGAUAAAGGACCGGUCAGUAGUGAUGAUUUGCUAGAGGAGUUGACCCGAAACCGGAGUUGGAAGUACACAGCUCUGAUAAUGUCACUGAUGUUGGUAUGGAUGGGAGGGCCUUCUAUUCAUUAUAUAACUGCAUUCGCAGGUAUUGAUCCAACCCCCGACGACAUUUGGAAAUGCAAAUCCGAAAAGUGCUAUAAUUUGACAAGAGCCAAUCCAUCAUUAAUACACAAAUUUCCUUGCAAAAUCACCAAAGAAGAAGAUGGCAAAGAAGAACUGAUUCUUGGACCUUCUGACAUAGAAUGGAGUCUUGAACAUACCUCAUUUUCUGCUGAUUUUGACUUGUACUGCGAUGUUGGAUCCCGAAAAGCACGAAAGACCUUGUUAACAUCAAUUUUCUUCGCUGGAGGAUUAUCAGGAUUAAUUCUUGGUGGCUACUUGCCCGAUAAAAUUGGGAGAAAGAAGACAGCAAUGAUUGGCAUGUUCAUCGGGGCCUCCUCACUUUUAAUAGGGAAAUUUUGUCACAACUACUCCUUACUCUUGGCAAUCAGGUACUUCCUUGGCAUUGGUAGUCUUUUGUCAACAAAUGGCAUGUACCUUCUCACAGCAGAGCUUGUUCCAUCAAAACAUAGGAACAUUAUAAAUGGUUGGGCAGGAUGUUUGUGGGCAUUUGGUUACCCCAUUGCAGUAGGAAUCGGCUACUUUAUUAAAAGCUGGAACAACAUGUUUUUAGCAACGUCCGUGAUGUUGGUGCUUAUAACAUUACAAACCCUUAUCUGCCCAGAAUCGCCAAGAUUCUUUUUGAUAAAAAAUGAUGUAGAAGCAGCCAAGAAAGUCUUGAAAGCUUUGGCAAAAUUGAACAAGAUGAACCUUGAUCUGGAAAACAUCGAAAUAGCAGAUGUCGGAAAGGCUAAAGAUAGAGACCAUAAUGCCAGGCAGCAACUGAUCGAAUUUAUUCGGUACCCAAGUCUUCGUCUCGAAACGAUAAUUCUGAUGUUCCUUUGGCCAUCCGUUGCGAUGUUCUACUUCGGCUUCAACUUUGGUUGGGGAGAAAUACUACCAGAUAGAUACACAGGGUACAUUAUGGCUGGUGUGGGAGAACUGAUUGCUUAUUUUAUGUGCGUUUGUUUAAUAGGCUGGCUGGGAAGAAGAAGGGCAAUGAUAGUCAUGUUUCUAGGGGCUGCUCUGACUUACCUCAUAGCGAUUCCAGACGUGGAAUUUGGAAGGGGCUGGAAUCUGGAGAGCGUCAGCUGUUUGUACGGAAUUACAUUUGUGUCCGGGGCUUACUCAGGGCUGUUUCUUUGGACUGGAGAAAUAGCACCUACAACACAUAGGGGUAUUGUGUUCAGCAGUUGUUGUGGCAUUUCGAGAUUUGGCUCCUUCAUAGGUCCGUUCAUAUUCAACAAUUUGGCACCCAUCACUCACAAAGCGGUACCUCUUGGGGGCCUAGCUUUUAUCUCGGUUCUUUGUAUGGUGGGAUCAUUUCUGCUGGUCGAGACUGGAAACGAGCGAAUACCUCUCACUGGACAAGAUGUCGAGGAAAGAAGAAAGGGCUACAAGUACAAGAUUUAAGAUUGUACCCUGUAUAGUAGACCAUGGCAGGACUCCCCCGCAACGACACUCUACCUACCAUUAUAACGAAGAUAACAUCAUAGAGACCUUCAUAUUAGGACUGAAAACUGCUUUUAAACCAUUUUUAAGCUUUUCUGAUUUUGAGAGAUAACAGACUCCAGUUUCAAAUUAUUCGAACGUGAAAUUGAGCAUGCUGUUAUGGUUUUGAUAAGAAGAAGAGUUGUAUUUUUUAAAACUUUAUAUUUUCUUCAUAUGU